CUGACUGGGACACCGAGAGACUUCCCCGUGCCUUUAGGGGCGAAGAGGGCGGGGGAGCGCGGAAGGGUGGUGGUGGUGGUGGAGGAGGGUGACGUCACGCGGGGUGUUACACAGGUCAAAGUUCUCAGCUGAACUAACUUCAUACUGUGAGAGGACGAGCAGAUAUGGACGGAAAACACAUCGUGUGGAUCUUGAUGCUUCCCAUACUGGUUCUCCUGGGCGGAACAGAGGCUACAGAGUCUUUGAUAGAUUUGAAAAAUAUUGAAGGGAAGCUUGUUUUCUAUCAAAUGGAGGGAAAUGCCACCUAUGUGAGAGACAGAGGUGAACUGGCGUCAGAUGUUCCCACAGAGACAAUGUUUGAACUCUUUGAUCCCCAAAAGAAUUUCAGCUCAGCAAAGUUCACCUAUACUUGGGACCUAGGGAACGGACAAGUGAUUAACGGCACUGAGCCGGUUGUCCGCUAUUAUUACCCAGAAUCAGGAAACUACACAAUGUGGUUGAAAGUGGGAGCGAAUGUGACCAAAUAUUCACCUCCGGUCACCGAAGUCUACUCCACAGAUGUUCAAGUGCUUGAUGCCAUCAAGAACAUCGAGCUGAAGGGGCCAUCAGAAUAUGAAGUGUCACAGGACGCCAGUCUGAUUUUUCACGUUGAUGGAAGUCCUCCCAUAUGGGUUUGCUGGCGUUUUCUCCCCAACUGCAUGCCGGACGUGACGGAGGGCUGCACGCUGACCAUGUUGUAUGACAACAUGUUGAAACUGAACCACACCUUCACCUCUGCCGGCUACCACUGUCUGGACAUCAGUGUCCGUAACGAAAUCAGUAAGCUGCAGACCUCCUUCAGCCUCUACGUCAGGAGAAACAAUGGUGCUCAAAUUUUCUUCAUCCUGUCAUGUGCUGCCAUUCUUAUGGCAACGUUCUCCUUCAUCGCAGUCAUCGCCUGUCACCCUCAUUAUCACAACAAACUUAAGAUUGCUGCUUCCAGUAAUGGUGUAUUUCUGAAGAACCAAGACUCUGAUGGUCAAAGCUUAAUUCUUUUAAAGCUCUCCAACAUCGAGAAAGCAGAGAAAGAGCCACUCCUGUUGCAAUAUGGGACUCAAGGCAGCUCUUAACCAGGACACUGCUUCACUUUCUGCCCUGUUAUUGUGGCUGUAUCCACAUGUAUUUGGCAAAGGAAAAUCUAAAACUACUAAUAACUGUGACCCUGCGUAUCUUGCAUGUGUGAUUAUAGAUAUAUAUUGCUAAUAUGUGCAUGAUCAGGUAGCUUGAUAUGGUAUUUUGAAAAAAAAAAAAAGAAGAAAUAAAUUGCUUGUAUGUAUUUAGAACUAUCCUCUAAGCUGGGUUAAUUGGUGGUUUCACCGCCAAUGUUCAGUAGGCUAAUAGGUCAAACACUGUAUUUGUCAUAAAAUAAUGAUGGCGAUCAAUUAAUGAGUCACAGAACUCAGGCUGACAUUCAAAUAAACUCAUAAAAAAUUUACAGCUCAAGCGCAGGUCAUGUUUAAACAAUGAGUGUUAAUAAUCAUGCUGUGAAUGGAUUGGACCACUCAUUUGUUCCAUUUUUUAAUUGAUGUAUGAAUCUAGGCCUUGCUUCGGUGUUGCUUUCCAGAAAAACAAUUAAAUAUUUGUUUUGAUGUUCAUCCUGCAGUCCUUAACGCUGAGGCACAGCUGCAAAAGAUUUAUGUUUUUUUUUUUGCAGAGAGCUAAUACUUGACUCUGUCCUGUCAUGCCUGAUGCUCAGGUUCACAAUUCAGAUGAGCCUAUUUAUCCGAACAUCUUCUACUUAGAACUUAACAGAAAGUACAUGUGAAGCUGUUUAUCUUUUACAAACCUUGUGUUUUGUAUCUGUUCAUUUUGAUACGAUUCAAUGUACUAUGAAUGAAUGUUACAUUGAAAUUCGGUUUAUAUUCAUGUCAUGAACAUGAACCAAAUUUCAAUAAGGUUGUGGUAGGUAACAUGUUUUUGGUGUCACUGGACACGAAAUCCAUCUGUUCAUCCGACCAAUUCAAGAGUGUCUAUCACAGCUGUCUUAGGGCAAUAGGCAGGCAACACCCUGGACAGGUUGCUAACCUGUCAGCUGCUGUAGUGCUAACACGUAACACAUCACUCACGUUCACACCUGUGGUCAAUUUAGACUCACCAAUUAACCUAAUGCCAUAUGUGUCUUUGUACUGUGGGAGAAAGUAAACACGGGGAGAACAUGCUAACUGCACACAAAAACACAUUUUUUGAUACAAGUUCUCCUACUCUUGAGGUGGUCUUCAAGAAUCAUUCUCUAGGUUUCUUGAAGGACAUUCAAAGCCCUUCUUAAGCUUAUGGCUGCCUUUUGUUCAGUUCUCUGUCAAGAUGAU